AUGGCAUCACUAACAACAGCACCCGACCCAGCUCCUCUCCCACUUCCUCCAGGCAUCACGUCUCGCCAGAUAGAUCUGACUAGACAUGGCCAUCUCUCCUACCAUAUUCUCGAAGCCGGCUCACCCUCCGAUCCUCUCAUCAUUCUCCUUCAUGGAUUUCCAGAGUUAGCAUUCUCAUGGCGCAAAAUAAUUCUCCCGCUCGUCAACGCUGGUCCAUACCAUGUCAUUGCGCCCGACCAGCGGGGCUUUGGUCGAACAACCGGUUGGGAUUCACGCCCAUACUCAGAGGCUGACUUGCACAAUUUCUCGACAACCAUGUAUGUGCGCGACGUUCUUGCGUUGGUGAGUGCGUUGGGACACAGCAUAGUCAAAUGCCUGGUGGGCCACGAUGCUGGCGCUGUGACUGCCGCUGCCUGUGCCGUCAUUCGGCCGGACGUAUUUGAAAGUGUGGCCUUGCUCACUCAUCCGUUCAACGGGAUGCCAAAGCUGCCGUUUAAUGUUGCUGCUUCUUCGGCGGGGGCUUCAACCACGUCUCCUCCAGCCGGUGCUGUUGCUGGUGCUGGUGGCAAUAUCAAUGACAAACUCGCGGCCUUAAACCGGAAGCACUAUAAGUGGUACUACUCGACUCACGAUGCAAAUGCUGACAUGGCUGGACCCAUCACUACCGGUGGUCUUCGAGCGUUUCUGCGUGGGUAUUUCCACGUCAAAUCUGCUUCUUGGGGCAAAAAUGACCCACAUCCAUUAAAUCAGCAGGGAGGUGAUAAAAAGGGAGAAUGGCCUGUAGAAGAAGUUAUCGAAAUGCCAUGGUACUAUAUAAUGCCGCUGAAAGCCACCAUGCCGGAAGCAGUUGAGAGUCUGAUGACAGGAGAAUCUACAGAGAGCUCCAAGAAAUGGCUAACAGAUGACGACCUGGAAGUUUACGUCUCAGAAUACGCGCGUACCACUUUCCAAGGCGGACUGAAUUGGUACCGCGUACAAACCGCCGAUGCUGGCAAAUCGUCUAGGCUAACACAGGACUUGGAUGUCUUUGCCGGGUUGCCAAUCAAAAUUCCAUGUGCUUUCAUUGGCGGUGACAAGGACUGGGGCACGUAUCAACAGCCUGGAGCCAUUGAAAGGAUGUCUGGAGACAAGGAUGUAUGCUCCGAUUUCCGGUUUUUGCGCAUGGUGCAAGGUGCUGGGCAUUGGAUUCCGCAGGAGAAGCCGGCUGAAGUUGUGCAGGGGAUAUUGGAGCUUACCAAGAGUUUGGCCUAG